GGUCAGUGAGGAGAGAAGAGGCAAUACUGGUUCACAGCGAAGAACAUUGGGACAGAGUGUUAGCAAUUCAAUCUGUUCAGCCAUGACCCCACAAGACAUCAUCGAUUCAGAAGCUUACUACGAAUCUCUCUCUGUCUACGUUGUAAAUGGUACUCCUGCAGCAGCUCGUCUCAGUUGUGGAGGCGUCAUUGAGGCAUGUCUUGCCGUCGCACGUGGUGAAUUGAAGAAAACAUUCGCCAUAGUUCGACCUCCAGGCCAUCAUGCAGAGCCGGACGAACAUAUGGGCUUCUGCUUCUUCAACAACGUAGCUAUUGCUACGAGAGUCGUACAACUACUUACACCCAUGAAGAAAAUUUUGAUCUUGGAUUGGGACGUUCACCAUGGCAACGGAACACAGCGUGCUUUCUAUGAUGACCCGUCAGUUCUAUAUAUUUCGUUACACCGGUACGAAAGUGGACAAUUUUAUCCUUGUGGUACGUUCGGGAGCAUGGUAUCCUGUGGAGAAGGCCCAGGACUAGGAUAUUCAGUAAAUAUCCCUUGGCCGGAAAAAGGUAUGACAGACGCAGAUUAUAUCCAUGCAUUUCAGCAAGUGGUCAUGCCCAUUGCUAUGGAAUUUUCGCCGGACUUAGUCAUCAUUUCUGCCGGUUUUGACGCUGCUGAUGGAGAUGAACUAGGGGAAUGUCAUGUCACGCCGACUGGCUUUGCUCAUAUGACACAUAUGUUAGCAAGUCUGGCUGGUGGAAGAUUGGUAGUGGCACUCGAGGGAGGAUAUAACAUGGAUGCAAGUGCCAGUUCCGCUGUUGCCGUUGCUCGCGUAAUUUUAGGUGAAGCUCCACCUGAGCUGCCCCCGCAAAUCGCCACAGAGGUUGGUACAGAAACGGUAUACCAAGUUGCUGUGGAACAGAGUAAGUAUUGGAAAAGUGUGAAUCCAAAAGCUUGCGAGCCUCGUGAAGAUGUGACCGAAAAUACGUUCUCUAUACCAGAGAUUCUCAAAGCUCAUAGGCAGCAUUAUCUUUAUUCAAAGCACAAUAUGCUACAAGUACCGUUGAUGACCGCGGAAUACGAAGAGCGCUUUGGUACUCAGGUUAUGUGCACGAAUGAUCUACUCGAGAACAAAACACUGGUUGUGUUUGUACACGAAUUUGGAAAUCUUCGAGUCGAGCUUAAUAAAAAAACCACAUGCGACGUGCGUCUCGAGUACUCUCAUAUGAUCGAUACCUCAAAAAAGCUACUUGAUUGGAUCAGAGAUGAAAAAUAUGCUUUGCUCGACGUGAAUCUAUUCCCAAGGCCAUUUGCAGCUCCUUUGAAGCGCACGAAAGCUGUGGAUUCCCCAGAAAAUUACUCGCAAGAGCUCUUGACCUAUCUAUGGGAUAACUAUAUUCAGUCGUCAAACGUGCAGCGCAUCAUUCUAGUUAGCCAUGGUUCAGCAUGUCUACAUCUGAUGAGCCUACUGGAGAAACGAGCUGCAAACGUAAUAAAAUACGUCAGCGCUGUGGUUCAAGUAGUAGGAACAUCUGUUGUACCUGUCGUUUCUGGAAAUGUCGACACUUUACGCGCCUGGUAUGAAAAGCGAUCUCUUGUAAUAGUCUACUCAAAACAUCCUGAUUUUACGCCUGAUUCACAUUUUUGGAGGAGAUAUGGGGACCUUCUCAAAAUAGACGAACAAAAGCCUAUCAAACUCUUGCUACAAGCUCUACCAGUGAUCCAGCAGUUUGUGAAGCGAGCUGUGGAGUCCCGCAAGGCAUAAUAAUUAGCUACCAAAAACAUACACAAAGGAUCAAUACAGUAUAAGAUCGGUUCUUUACACACCGCAAAUCUUCAGUGUCCUAACAUGCACCUGAUGGUUUCUGUCCGAUGUGAAAAAGUGAAAAAACAGUCUCUAUAAUAUCUAAUACAGAGAUAUUCUCAUAUAGUUUCCAGAUAGCAGGCCUGUUAGUAGUCGUUGCAAAUCC